AUAUUACUUCAAAUCUCUUCCUCUCUUAAGAGGCCAAAAAGCCACCAUCUCCAUCUUUCUUUUCCUUUCCAUAAGUUUCCAUAAUCUCUCAAUUACCAUGAAAAACACCCAAAACAAACACCAAAUUUUCCAUCUUUCUUUCACAACCAUAAUAAUCUUAAUAAUCAUAUUCCUACACAAUUCCACACAAUCAGUAGCCAUAGAUUUCAUUAUAAACUCAUUCAACACAACUUCAAUAAAUCUAUAUGGAAAUGCAACUAUUCAAUCCAAUAUCUUAACUUUAACCAACUCAACUCCAGUCCAAAUUGGCAGAGCUUUAUACCCACAAAAAAUCCAAACAAAAAACACUUCUUCAUCAUCAAAUUCCAUCUUACCCUUUUCAACUUCUUUCCUUUUUUCCAUGGCACCUUCAAGAAAUGUUAAUCCUGGACAUGGAAUUGUGUUUUUGUUUACACCUGUUGUUGGGAUACAGAACACAGCUGCAGCACAGAAUCUUGGUCUUUUUAGUAGACCAGUUGAUGGUAAUUCUAGUAAUCAUGUUUUUGGUAUUGAGUUUGAUUGUUUUGCUAAUGAAGAGUUUAGAGAUAUUAAUGAUAAUCAUGUUGGUAUUGAUGUUAAUUCCUUAACUUCUGUUAAUGCAACUAAAGCUGGUUAUUAUGAUGAUAAUAAUAAUGGUUUGUUUAGGGAUUUAAAGCUUAAUAAUGGUAGGAAUUAUCAAGUAUGGGUUGAUUAUAAAGAUUUUGAACUUAAUGUUAGUAUGGCUCCUGUUGGUGUGAAAAAGCCUAAAAGGAGUUUAAUGAAAGUAAAUUUGAAUCUUUCUGAUGUUUUUGAAGAUGAAAUGUAUGUUGGAUUUACUGCUGCUACUGGUGCAUUGACUCAAACUCAUAGGAUUUUGAGUUGGAGUUUUAGUAACUCGAAUUUUUCGUUAAGUGAUGGUUUGGUUAUUGAUGGUUUGCCUUCCUUUGUGCUUCCUAGUGAGCCGGUUUAUAAGUCGACAGGUUUUGUUGUUGGGUUGACUUUAGGAGUUUUGUUUUUUGUGUUGGGUUUGGGGUUUAUUGGGCUUGUUUUGAUUAAGAGAAAGAGAAGGUUAGCGAAGGAAAAGGCGGAUAUGGAGGAUUGGGAAUUGGAGUAUUGGCCUCAUAGGAUUCCUUUUCAAGAGAUUGAGUUGGCUACUAAGAAUUUUAGUGAUGAAAAUGUGAUUGGGAUUGGUGGCAAUGGAAAGGUUUAUAAAGGCGUUGUUGGAGGUAUGGAGGUUGCGGUAAAGAGGAUCAAUCACGAUAAUAAUGAUGGCGUUCGUGAGUUUUUAGCUGAGGUUUCGAGUCUUGGAAGGUUAAAGCAUAAGAAUUUGGUUGGAUUGAGAGGAUGGUGUAAGAAAGAAAAGGGUAGUUUGAUCUUGGUUUAUGAUUAUAUGGAAAAUGGAAGUUUGGACAAAUUGAUAUUUGAUUGCAAUGACGAUAUGAAAAUCUUGAAUUUCGACGAUAGAAUGAGAAUCUUGAAAGAUGUUGCAAAUGGGAUUUUCUAUUUACAUGAAGGAUGGGAAUCCAAGGUUUUACAUAGAGAUAUCAAAUCAAGCAAUGUGUUACUUGACAGAGAUAUGAAUGCAAAGUUGGGUGAUUUUGGGUUAGCCCGUAUGCACCAACAUGGUCAAGUGGCUACCACGACCCGGGUGGUAGGAACUGCAGGGUACCUAGCACCCGAGGUGAUCAGAACAGGGCGAGCCUCGACACAAACUGAUGUUUUUAGUUUUGGGAUUCUAGUUCUUGAAGUUAUAUGUGGAAAAAGACCAAUAACAGAAGGGAGUCUCCCUUUACUCAAUUGGGUAACCGAUUUGAUGCAAAAAGGCAACCUUGUUGAUGCCUUAGACGAGAGACUAAAGACUAAGGGCGGUCUUGAUCAGGAUGACGUCGAAAUGGUGCUACAUUUAGGACUAUUAUGCGCCCAUCCGGACGGAAAGUUGAGGCCAACAAUGAGACAAGUGGUUAAGGCAUUAGAAGGGAAAAACAAGAAUGAAGUGGAUGAAGUGGAAAGGGAAGAUAUGGAAGUUUACUUGUUAGAAAGUAUGAAAUCUCAAGAUUUAUGGUCAAAAUAUGCUCAAACAUUAACUUCAGGAUCAUCAUCAUUUUAUUCAUCACAUCCAACAUUUGGGGAGGGACUUGAGGAAGGUUGAAUCUGGAAAUGAGGCAAAGUUUUUACUUGUAAUACAAUGGACAGAAAGGGGAUUUUUUCUCUAUUUUUUUCUAGUAACAUUCUUAAUGGGUUCAUUUUGUAAUUUUUUUUUUUCCUAUUGUGUGCAGUUUUGAAACAUGUAAAUGUAGAUAUACAUAUAAGUUAAACAAUUUCUUGAGAUUUAAUUUUAUUUACAUAAUUCUAGAGCCA